UGCUUCAUCCAAUCAUCCUUCUUCCACAUAUUUCCUUUUAUAGAAACAAGUCAAAAUGGUUUCAAAGAGAUUCCUUCUUAUUGCCCUUGCUUUUGCAACCGUUCUCCUCAUUACUUCUGAAAUUGCUGCUGCUAAGGAACUGGCCUCCAACAAUAAGGGUGAGGUAGAAGAUGCCAAGUAUGAUCGUGGGUACAACGGUGGACCUGGAGGGUACUACAAUGGUGGCGGCCGUGGAGGAUACAACAAUGGUGGUGGUCGUGGAGGGUACUACAACGGCGGGGGGCGUGGAAGACGACAUUGCAGGCAUGGUUGCUGUGGCCGUUACUACAAUGGAGGAUGCAGUUGCUGCAGGACUCUUGAAGAGGCAAAUGCAUACAAACAAGCUCAGGAGGCACAAACUCACAACUGAUCUAUAAGCAUCUUAAUUGAUGGAGCGAUGCAUCAAGUUAAUUACUUACGUACUUUUUAAACAUAUACAGCAUUUAAAACAUUAGUGUUUGAAUGCUAUAUUAAAAAUAAUCCUGUCCUUUAUCGUUCUAAGUUUAAUAAAAGAAAGUUUUGAUUCCA